AUUCAACAUGUCUGCCGCCAUAGCUUCCCUCGCUUCGUACGGGAGUGAUUCCGACUCCGAAAACGAGUCAGAAUCCAAAACCAGUAUCGAGAAAGUUGAUCCGGAUCAUCCGGAUGCUACGGCUCACCUUAAACCUCUGCAGUCUGGACCCACAAUGUCUUUGGCUGUUCUUAAUUCAGCCCCGGAGGUCGCUGUUAAGGAGGCUGUUGAGACUGGCAUACACUUGGACCCUUCACUGAAAGAAGUCACUUAUAACCCAACAUAUGAAACGAUGUUCGCACCUGAGUUUGGGCCAAUGAAUCCGUAUAAGUCCCAGCAGAUGUCGGCCCCAAGGAACAUGCUGUCUGGCUAUGCAGAACCUGCUCACGUCAACGAUUUUAUGUUUGAACAGCAAAGGAGGACUUUCUCUACUUAUGGUUAUGCUUUAGAUCCUUCUGUUGACACACAUGAAGCUUCCUCUUGUAGCUAUAUUGGUGCUGUGGAAGAGGCUGAAAAAAACAAAGGACUGACUGUCUUUGAAAGUGGUCAGAAGAAGCCAGAGAAAAGGAAGAAGGUCAAAGGUGGGGACGCAGGAGAGAUUGACAACUUCCUGGGGCCAUGGGCGAAAUAUGUGGACGAAAAAGAUGUGGCCAAACCGUCAGAGGAAGAGCAGAAAGAACUUAAUGAGAUCACUGCUAAAAGGCAAAAGAAGGGAAGGAAUGAAGACGAGGCUCCAGGAGAAGAGAAGACCAUUCUUCAUGUCAAAGAGAUGUAUGACUACCAGGGCAGGUCAUACCUCCAUGUUCCACAGGAUGUGGGCGUCAACUUACGCUCUGCAGAUGCUCCAGAUAAAUGUUACCUGCCAAAGAAACAGAUUCAUGUCUGGUCUGGACACACCAAGGGUGUCAGUGCUAUCCGAUUAUAUCCCAGGUCUGGUCAUCUUCUGCUCUCCUGUUCCAUGGACUGCAAGAUCAAGCUGUGGGAGGUCUACGGAGAGAGGAGGUGUCUCCGCACAUUUAUUGGUCACAGCAAAGCAGUGCGAGACAUUUGCUUCAACAACAGUGGGACUCAGUUCCUCAGUGCUGCAUACGACCGCUACCUUAAACUGUGGGACUCUGAGACAGGGCAGUGUAUCUCUCGCUUCACAAACAGGAAGGUACCCUACUGCGUCAAGUUCAAUCCGGAUGAGGACAAGCAGAGUCUUUUUGUGGCUGGGAUGUCGGAUAAGAAGAUUGUUCAGUGGGACAUCAGGACGAGCGAGGUGGUUCAGGAGUACGAUCGCCACCUGGGUGCUGUCAACACCAUCACCUUUGUUGACGAAAAUCGCCGCUUUGUCAGCACGUCAGACGAUAAGAGUUUGCGAGUCUGGGAGUGGGACAUCCCUGUGGACUUCAAGUACAUCGCUGAGCCCAGUAUGCACUCCAUGCCAGCUGUGACUCUAUCUCCCAAUGGUAAAUGGCUGGCGUGCCAGUCCAUGGACAACCAGAUUCUUAUCUUUGGAGCCCAGAAUCGCUUCAGACUGAACAAAAAGAAAAUUUUCAAAGGUCACAUGGUAGCCGGCUACGCCUGCCAAGUGGAUUUCUCCCCAGACAUGAGCUAUGUGGUAUCGGGGGAUGCAGAUGGAAAGCUGAACAUCUGGGACUGGAAGACCACCAAGCUCUAUCACAGGAUCAAGGCUCACGACAAAGUUUGCAUCAGUGCUCUGUGGCAUCCGCACGAAACCUCGAAGGUCAUCACCUGUGGCUGGGAUGGACAGAUCAAACUCUGGGACUAACUGAUGGCGUCUAAAAUUAUGUGCAGAAGUCAGUGAUUCUUGGACUUUAUUAAAUAAUUUUGAGUGAAAGCCAACAGGCUGGUAUCCAGUCUAUUUGUUUAAGUGUAUUUUUGUAUCUUGAGAUAAGAGCUCAAAUAUGUACAUAUUAUAUUGUGUGUGUACAAGAAUGAGCAUAUUGGAAUCUUUAACAAUGAUAUGGCGAAAGAAAUAUUAUAGGGUCGACACACGUUUUUCUAUUUGUAGUAGUGUUCUGUGUUCUUUUUUAAAUGUCUUGUUCUACAAAGUGUUUUUAAUCAUCUAAACAUCCUUUUGUGGAAAUAAACAUUCUACCCAUUUCCUAUUUUAGAAAUCAAAACU